CCCAAUGUGGAGCCCAUUCUCCUCCUUUUAGAGGAGCAAGGCGGGAGUCUUCGGCAGGAAGGGAAAUGCAGAGAGAGGCGGGUCCUCGUGCGUGCGGCGGGGGCCAAAUGAAGAGGCGUGGAGCUGGGGAAAGAGAGAAAGAGGCGAAGAAAAAGAAGCUCCUUGACGAACUUGGAGAGAGCCGUCUUCCGUAUUUGACGCCAAAGGAUGAUGGCUUCAAUGAAUUGUGGAAGAGAAAAUAUUCCAAACUUAUCCUCAGAAGUGCUGAGAAGAUACCCAAAGAUAUUCAUGAGGGAGUCCAAGAAGCUUUUUUCACUUUACGAAAAUUUGGCUGUUUCUUCCAAGACCUUGUAAGGAUCAAAGGGAACGAUUUUUUCACCCCAGUGUCUCGAAUUUUAAUUGGAAGCCCAGGAUGUACUUACAAAUAUUUGAACACGAGGUUAUUUACAGUCCCCUGGCCCACGGAAAGUUAUGAAAUAAAUUAUUCUCGUCCAGAAAUAUCCCGGGCUUGUAAAGCAUUACUCAAACUUAAUGACUACAUGCACAGAGAAACGACCCGAGCUUUGCAAGAGCAAAAGUUGACUGAGACGAAAGAAAUUGAAGAUUGCGCUGUCAUUGAUAGGUCCCUGGAUUACGCUCCUUCGAUUACUGCAACGGGAUCCACUUUACGAGAUCAAAGCCCUCCGUACGCCCCGAAGAAUGACUGUAGCGUUUUGAAAGAGAGAUCAUCCUACAACCUGACAUUAUUAAAUUAUAUGGAUCCUCAACAAAUGCCAUUCUUGAAACAAGAGCCUUAUUUUGGAAUGGGAAAGAUGGCCGUGAGCUGGCAUCAUGACGAAAAUCUGGUCGAAAGGUCAACGGUCGCUGUCUACAGUUAUAGCUGCAGAGACUCUGCCAGUGAUGUCCUUGAGGAAGAGACUUCAAAUGGAAGAGAUCCAUCAAUCUGGCACAUUGGCUUGAAAGUAGCCUGGGACAUCAAGACGUCUGGGCUGGCAAUACCGCUUCACCCAGGAGACUGCUACUUUAUGCUAGAUGACCUGAAUAUGACCCAUCAGCACUGUGUACUAGCAGGCCUGUGUCCAAGAUUCAGUUCUACCCACAGAGUAGCGGAGUGCUCUCGAGGGACUCUUCACUGCAUUUUGGGCCAAUGCAACACAGCCCUCCAGAACAUGCCUGCUGAUUUGAAGGAUGUGUCUUUGCAAUCUCUGGAUGUCGCAGCUAUAAAACUAGUGGAGGAAACUCAUAAUGAGGUUGAAUUUGAGUGGCUACGACAAUUCUGGUUCCAGGGUAAACGUUACAGGAAGUGUACUGAGUGGUGGAGCAAGCCAAUGGAUUCUCUGGAAGAAUUUUGGAGAAAAAUGGAGUUCGUAACAAGCCUACUGCUCUGCGAAAUCAGAAAAGGAGAACAGAUGGACGAACAAAGAAACAAAAGAAUUGACUGCGUGUUGCCCCUUCUUAUCCAACGGCACGAACUUCGCCAGGAAUGGCUGGCAAGGUGCCAUUCACAACUUGCAGAGAGUUUGCCCGAGGAUGAAAAACCAGAAUGUCGUCCAUACUGGGAAGAAGAUGAUCCCGAUAUGCCUCUUCCAUUUGAUCUUGAAGCUAUCAUACAUGACCUAGAGAGUCUACAGAAGAAGAUGGAAAGCUAGGAGGACUAUUUUGACCUCAGUCUUCGGAAGGUCUGUUGCCAGUUUCCAAGAGAAGGUGGAAUGCUCCACCUUAAAUUGGCAAAAGUUGCAGUUGUUCCAAAAGUACAUUUUAUAGAAAAAGGAAUAGACCUUUUUUUAAAAAAAAAAACAUUGAUGGGGUAACUUUAAGCAGUGUUUCACUUGUACAGUGGAGGAAUAAUGAAACAGCAGUUCAGAAACACAAGAUCUUGGAAGGUGGACUGUCUGGUGUUCAUUUUGAAGUUUGACAACACCAUGAUGUGGUUUUGGGAUAUGUAAAUAAAGAACUGCUGCUAUGA